GCUCACGUACUUCUUCUUUGUGAAUCAUACACGAAUGCCGACACUACAGGUGAAAAUUGCUUCUUGCCGUUGAAAUACAGAACGGAACUCACAAAAUCGCAUAAUGGUCUGCGUCUGUUCGUUGCCAGAGGUUUGCUGGAUGAAACUCACAAGAAACAUCUCAUGUAUGGAGUAAAAUACGACUGUGGCUUGGAAGAAGUGGCCAGAAAAAUUGUACAUGGAGAAAACUCUGCUGACCAUUAUGGCGUAAUCCGUUUCUCCAGAGAAAAUCUCGGAAAUAUUUAUGGAUCGAUAAUCGACAGUUUCAUUGAGUUGCUCGAUGAUAAAGAACAGUUGAAGCAGGCAGUUUAUCCACCAUCUACGCGUUUUGGCUGCUAUUCUGAGAUUGAAUCUGGAAAGAAGCUCGUGAAUGCUGUAUGCGUCUACGAUUCAAAGUAUGACUCAAAUUUCCAAGGGAAUGGCCAAGGUCUUUGUAUGAAGGAUGGUGACUGCAUUUAUCACGAAUCAUCGAUUUGUCUGGGAGGCCUUUGCUUCAGUGGCAAAUAAACCGCAAAGAUUGAUAAAUUCUUACAACUUCUUGCCAAGU